UAACCGCUAAAAUUUCAAGUCCAUCAGAGACUGAAGCAGUGAAAGAAGUUUGGUGGCAAUGGCAACUCUUAAUUCCUCCUUCUACCUUUCCAAUCUUCUCUGGUGAUGCUUCUCGAUUCACAUAAACGCUUCUCAUUCACAUUUUCUCAAACCCUAAUUUCCAAUUCACUAUUCCUCAUUUUUUCUUUCUCAAACUCACCCUCAUGCAAUCAAUUAUACAUCGUGCUAUUGUUGUUCCUCAUUCCCGUUGCAUAUUAUCUUGUGCCUCUUCAAAUUUGUGUUCUUCUCUUGGAACUAGACACUUUUCCCAUAAACAACAAUGUGAAGAAGAAAUUACCAGAUACAUGAACAUUCUCGCUGCAAGACUUGGCAAAGGAAGCAGCGAGGAAGAAACCCUUCAAACCCUAUUCAGUGACCGAGCUUGUGAUGCCAUACCCCUCUCCCAGAAGCUUGUUCACCACUUGCUAGUGCGAUACAAGGAUGAUUGGAAAUCUGCAUUGGCGGUAUUCAAAUGGGCCGGUUCGCGAUCGAGCUUUGAACAUUCGCCGGAGUCUUAUGAUAUGAUGGUAGACAUUUUGGGUAGAAUGAAGGUUAUGGAAAAGUUGAAAUUUUUAUUGGGAGAAAUGCGUGAAGGGGGUUUUGUCACUUUGAAUACUGUGGCCAAGGUAAUGAGACGGUUUGCUGGGGCAGGGCAGUGGGUAGAUGCUGUGAGGGUGUUUGAUGAAUUGCAUACUUUUGGGUUGGAGAAGAACACAGAUUCCAUGAACUUGUUGCUGGAUACCUUGUGCAAAGAGCAAUUUGUGGAACAAGCUCGUGAGAUUUUCUUGGAGCUGAAGCAGCACAUUGCUCCGAAUGCUCACACGUUCAACAUAUUCAUUCAUGGAUGGUGCAAAGUCUGCCGUGUGGACGAGGCGCAUUGGACGAUCCAAGAGAUGAAAGGGUAUGGUGUUCGCCCUUGCGUUAUAAGCUAUUCCACCAUCAUUCGGUGUUACUGUCAAGAAGGGAAUUUCAGCAGGGUGUAUGAGCUUCUUGAUGAAAUGCAGGCUCAAGGUUGCUCCCCAAAUGUGAUAACUUACACUACUGUGAUGUGUGCAUUGGCAAAGGCUGAAAAAUUUGAGGAAGCUUUGGAAGUAGCUGAGAGAAUGACGUCUUCUGGAUGUAGGCCUGAUACACUUUUCUGCAAUUCGUUCAUUUAUACAUUGGGGAGAGCAGGAAGAGUAGAUGAGGCUAACUAUGUUUUCAAGGUGGCAAUGCCUAAGGCUGGUGUUGCCCCAAAUACAUCUACUUAUUCUUCAAUGAUUUCUAUGUUAUGUUAUCAUGCACAAGAAAAGAGAGCUUUUGAAAUACUUAAGGAGAUGGAAAAUUCAGGCAAUUGUAAGCCUGAUCUUCAGACUUACCACCCAUUAAUCAAGUCUUGCUUUAGAACUGGAAAUAUAGACAGUUUGUUGAAUGACAUAUUAAAUGACAUGAUUAAUAAACAUCAUCUCAGUCUUGAUCUUUCGACCUAUACACUGCUAAUUCACGGGCUUUGUAGGGCAGAUCGAUGCAAUUGGGCAUUCUCUCUGUUUGAGGAGAUGAUUGAUCAGGAUAUAAUACCUAGAUACAGAACUUGCCAUUUACUAUUGGAUGAAGUCAAGCAGAAAAAUAUGUAUCAAGCUGCUGAGAAAAUUGAGGAUCUGAUGAAAAAUUUGUGAAUGCUCAAGUAUUUUAUUUGUGUGCCCACAAUACCUUGAUGCACCUUAUUUUAACUAUUUGAUACAAAACCAUGACAACAAAAGAAGAUAAUGACUUGAAAUUUUUUUAUUAGUGUAUCAUAGGCUCAAGUGCUCACAUUUCUUAUCUGCUAAGCCUUCUAGUGCUCAGACAUUUUUUGAAUAUUAGUAUUUUAUAUGGUAAUGGCAGCUCUUUACAAUUGCAACCUGAGUAUGACCUAGAUCAAGUGGUCUGGGAAUGGAAAAGAAACAAGAAUGGUUGCGGCCAUAAAUUUGGAACCAGAGACAACCAAGAAUGGAAAAACGGAGGGCUAGUAGCAAGUCUUCAUUUUUUAUCAGGAACCAGAAGUGGAGUGGUCCAAUGGAUUAAGUAAAGAGGUCCAGUGGAGUGCCUCUUCUCCCUCUCUUGUACUACUUACAGCUGUUGUUAAUGACAGACAGAUUUUAUUCUUUUUUUUUUUUUCAACCCAAAUUUGUAGUAGAUAAUGAUAUACUUCAAAGAACCACUAGGGUGGGCCUAGUGGUGGGGGGUUGGGGUAGUAUUUACGGGGUAUUAGGUUUGCCCCAGGUGCCAUCUUUGUAAUUCUGAUGGAUAUAAAAAAAAUGAUAUACUACUGAACUUGUUGAGUUUGCUGUGGUUGCGUUUGUUAAUUAUGAUAUUUAUUCACCAGGUUUUCUUCUCCAUACAAGAAGAAUAUUAGAUUUGAUCCAUUUGGUUCAGUUCAAAUUGAAUGAGAAAAGAUGGUUGGGCAAUCAAACUAUAAGCUUCCUCUGUUUUCAGCAGAGGAGGUAUGCUAUUAUAGCUUAUAUUUCUUUAA